AUGUUUGGUGCUCUUGUUACGCAAAUAUUUGUUGACACAAUUAAAUUAUUAACUGGCUAUCAACGUCCAUAUUUUCUUUCUUUAUGCAAUGUUUCACUUGCUUCAUGUACAGCUCCAUUAGAGCAUUCCCCUUCUCCAUCUCCACAUUUGGCUUGUAAUUAUCGAAAUGCAGAUGAAUUGAGAUAUGCCUGGCUAACAUUUCCUUCACUACAUGCAGCAUUCUCCAGUUAUUCUGCUUGUUUUGCAUCUUGUUAUAUUUAUUAUAUGAUUAAUUUACGUGGUGCUCCUUUAUUGAGACCUAUGUUAAUUUUUGGUUUAUUUGGUAUGGCUUUAGUUGAUUCAUUUUCAAGAAUUAAUGGAUAUAAAAAUCAUUGGAGAGAUAUUUGGGUUGGUUGGAUUAUUGGUUUUGUUAUUGCUAUUUUUCUGUGUAAUUGUGUUCUUCGCUUUCAAGAAAUUUAUUAUACAUUUUAUCGUUCCCAAGCACAACCCCCUCCCCCUCCUCCAGAACCAGAAGCACCUCCACCUCCUUUCUUUUCUUGGUUCCGUCUUCCACGAGUUCGUGCUCCGUCAGUUAAAGAAGAAUAUGUUGUUUAUGAAGAGGAUGUCCCAACAGCCCCAACAAUAUCCCCACCAACUGCCGGCACUUCUCAUAGAAAAAAUAGAGACAGAACAUAUGAAGUAACAACAACCACAGAAUCCUUUCAUCGAACGAUAGUACCUCCAGGCACUUCACAACAACAGAGAAAUAAUAAAAAUGGAGUUAAUACUAAUGGAGGUAAUGGAAGUGGUGGGGGUGGUGGAUAUGCAGCUCCAUAUUAA